AUGAAGGCGGCUAUGACGGCCACCUCGACCGGCGUCGAGCAAGCCAAUGGCAACGGCAAUGUUACCUCGCGUCGCAACGGGCAACUGGAAAAGAGCUCGCCUGAGGUAACGUCAAAGAAUCACCCAGCUCGGAAAUAUCGACAUGUUGCUGCGGUGCACUCCAAGACGAGGCCGUCCUGCCUGAGCCAUGACGCCGAGGCCGCCCCAAGCUUUAUCGGCUUCCGAAACCUUAUGGUCAUUGUUCUCGUGGUUGGUAACCUACGGCUCAUGAUUGAAAACCUUCAAAAGUAUGGAGUCUUAAUCUGCCUCAGCUGCCAUGACUACAGCCGAAAAGAUGUCGUCACUGGGCUGAUGCUCUACUUCCUCGUCCCCUGCCAUCUCUUUGCCGCCUAUCUGAUUGAGCUGGCAGCCGCUCAACAGGCCCUUGGGUCCAGGAAGCGCAUCAAAGAUGGCGCAACUGGGCCAUCCGAGGAAGACCGGAAGCGCUUCCACUCGACUUGGGUAAUUGUGGCCUGGGCCCAUGCUGUGAACAUCACCCUCGGCCUCGCCAUCACGACAUAUGUCGUCUACUUCCACAUCUACCACCCUCUCAUCGGCACUCUCACCGAGAUGCACGCCGUCAUUGUAUGGCUCAAGACAGCCUCUUACGCAUUCACAAACAGAGAUCUCCGUCAUGCUUACCUUCAUCCCGUGAAGGGAGAGCUCGUCCCCGAGCUGUAUACAUCAUGCCCCUACCCCCAGAACAUCACAAUGUCCAACCUCGUCUACUUCUGGUGGGCGCCCACCCUCGUCUACCAGCCCGUCUACCCCCGCACCGACAAGAUCCGAUGGAUCUUCGUAGCGAAGCGGCUCGCCGAGGUCUUCUGCCUCAGCGUCUUCAUCUGGGUCGCGACGGCGCAGUACGCCACCCCCGUCCUGGUCAACUCCCUGGACAAGAUCGCCUCCCUGGACAUCCCCUCCAUCCUGGAGCGCCUCCUCAAGCUGUCGACCAUCUCCCUCGUCAUCUGGCUCGCCGGCUUCUUCGCCCUGUUCCAGUCCUUCCUCAACGCCCUCGCCGAGGUGCUCCGCUUCGGCGACCGGUCCUUCUACGACGACUGGUGGAACAGCGAGAGCCUGGGCGCCUACUGGCGCACGUGGAACAAGCCCGUGUACACGUACUUUAAGAGGCACAUCUACAUGCCCAUGGUCGGCCGCGGGUGGAGCCCCAUGGCUUCCAGCCUCGCCGUCUUCACCCUCUCCGCUGCCCUGCACGAGAUUCUGGUCGGGGUGCCAACCCACAACAUCAUUGGCGUUGCGUUCUUGGGAAUGUUCCUGCAGCUACCCCUCAUUGCCAUCACCGCGCCCUUGGAGAAGAUGAAGCUGGGCAAGGGCGGGAAGCUGGUCGGCAACAUCAUCUUCUGGGUCUCCUUCACGAUAUUCGGCCAGCCGUUCGCGGCUCUCAUGUACUUUUACGCGUGGCAGGCCAAGUAUGGCAGUGUCAGUAAGAGGGCAAUGGCUCCCAAGUAA